AUGCCGACUUCUUCGGUGGAAACCUGGCUCCGGGGCCUGGCCUUUUCCUUGUGCGCGACCCUGGCCGAAGCCAAGUACCCCUUCUCAUCCUCCUCCCCCAAAGCGACUCUCACCAAUGAUACCUCGGUCUCCUUUGACCCUCUCGGCGUGGCUGCCGUUUUAGGGAACCCACGAGCUGGCGCGAGCGCAGCCGGACUGUAUGUGCAGUAUGAUAUAGCUGUGUUUCACUGGCCACACAUGACGAUGAUCGGAGGCACGCUCCCGGCUAUGCAGAUGCUGGUCGAGCACCUUACCUCCGCGCUCCCGUCUGUACAUCCUGCAGUCCGAUUGUGCGCUAACGAGACCACGAUGAUUCCAAUUCGUUCCAAUGUAUCGAAUCAGGUCUUCCGGGAACUCCCGCUGACGCUCAGUAACCUUUGGCUCCAUGACUACAUCAAUUUUAAGCCCAGCAAUGACAAUCCAGGCAAUGACUUCAUGGUUAUUUGUAUCAAUACCAUCGACGAAGACGCGAAAAAACAAAAGCACCGCAUGGAAGAAGACCCAGGCCUCGGGUGGUGGAUGGCUGGCCGGCUGACUUUGUAUCUUUUGAUCUUGAUCAAUGGAGGAAUGAUCCUAGCGGCCAUGCUCAUCGGCAUCCUGGCUGCAGACAUCUGGGCAUUCACCCUGUUUUUCCUCUACGGUAGUCACUGGAUUGCGUCCGCGCUCAUCACCUUCGUGCCCAUGGUCAAGUUCCAGAUCCCCGGCAAUAAAAUUGACGAGAACGCAAACACGCGAUAUGCGGCCUACCAGCGACCCGAGGGUGGUACUGUCAUCUUCAAAGGCCGCCAGGACACCCUCGAACGCUGGGCGCGGUCGACCUGGGAGUACAAUACUACUCCCUUGAAGGCGGUCCUGCAUUGGACGUGGAUGGUCACGGGCGCGCUGGCCGCCUUCGCCUCGGUCGCGUGCAUGGUCAACAUGCACGGAUAUCUGCAAUUGGCGUUCUUGGCGGUGCUGGUAUACGCAACGCUCGCCGAGAUCAUUGCCACCAAGAUCUCGCGCCGCCUCCAGAUCAAGGCCAAAGGGUCCGUGCCGUGGGAAGCGACGAAGAACAACGGGACCCGCUCGCAGGGGAUCAUCUCGGCUACGAUUGCGAUUCGCAAAGACUGUCGCCUGGAGGGCUUCGAUUGGAUCCAGAUGGGCUUGCUCCCGAAUAUGCCUGCGUUUUGGCAGAUGCAGGUCACGCUGGAAGAGAUCAACAAGCGCCAGAACGAGGAGGAAGAACGGUCGACUCCGCACAGUCCUGACGAGAUUGAGGCGCUUCAAAAAGAGCUGAAGGGGCUUUCCAACACGUACGUGCAAAAGGCGAUCGACGCUUCUGAGGAGGACAAACGCAAAGCGACAAGUAGCUUGGCCGAGCGUCUGCGCACGGAGAUGGACAACGCCGUCCAAGUUUGGCUUGAGACAUUGAAGGAGAAAGAAACGGCACCAGUAUCUUCCUUCAGUGGUCUCAAAAGCAUCUCGUUCUGA